AAAAAAUAUUAUUCACAAACGUUCUAGAAGAAAUAAAAUGAAGCGUAGUUCUAGUAAUAUGUCCAUCACCCUUCUUCUAACCCUAACCCUAGUGAAUUCUGCAAUAGCCGAGUUGAGCCCUUUCACAAAGUUCCAUGUCAAGAUAGUGAACUUGCUGCCGUCGAACAAAUCUCCUCUCGUGGCCCACUGCAAAUCGAAAGACAACGACCUCGGCAUCAAAUCCCUCCCGACAAACGGCGAAACCCAAUGGGGUUUCCGCGUGGAUUUCCUUAACUCGACCCUCUUCUUCUGCAGCUUAUCGUUCAGCCACGGAGGAAGAGUUCACAGAGCUGUCUUCGACGUGUUCAGGGCGAAAGAGGAGUUUGUGACCGACUUCUGCGGUUACAACACGUGCACUUGGAUCGCCCAAGAAGACGGGAUCCACGCCUAUAAUUCGAAGACCGAGGUUUCUCAUUUAGUAUAUCUGUGGACGGAUGGUGGGUCGGACGAUAUUAGUCCGGCCGCGGAUCUUUGAAAGUGUCGUCGGGAUUGAAUUUUGUUUCCGGCGUAAUAAAUGGUGUUAAUUAUGGCAUUUUGUUACCGUGUAUUACAAGCUAUAUAUAUAUAUAUAUAUAUAUAUAUAAUACCAUUGUCCCCUCUGGAAUCUGGUAAAGUGGUUAAAGAACUCAUAAUUCUCCAAUAGAUCAUAGG